AUGUGGGGUUUAGUCCCCAGGUUUCUCCGAGGGACCAACAGCCGUUUGGGCAGCGGCCGGGGCUUUGGGAGCAGUUUAUCGGCCGGGGAUGGAGCCCCCGCCCCCGCCCCCGCCCGCCCUCCCUGGAGAAUCCUGUUCUUCGGAACCGACACCUUCGCCUUGGAGUCUCUGCAGAAGCUGCACCGGUCAAGGCAUUUGGAGACCGGUGAGGUGCUGAUAGACAGGCUGGAAGUCGUGACUUUGUCAGCUGGUUAUCCCAGUAAACUCCCAGUGAGGAAAUACGCGAGUCAGAGUGACAUUCCCAUCCAUGAUUGGCCAGACCUAGGACAGUGCAAUGACUUUGACGUUGGAGUGGUCGUGUCGUUUGGGAGUUUGCUCAGUGAGGAACUUAUUCUCCGGUUUCCAUACGGAAUAUUAAACGUACAUCCAAGUCUUCUUCCGAGAUGGAGGGGACCUGCUCCUGUGUUUCACACCGUACUUCAUGGCGAUCAGGUGACUGGCGUGACGAUCAUGCAGAUCAGACCAAAAAGGUUUGAUGUUGGCCCCAUAGUAAUGCAGAAGGAAUGCGCUGUACCCACACGGUGCACAGCCAACGAGCUAGGGGUGAUGUUGGCAGAGGCUGGUGCUGACAUGCUCCUGGCGACAUUGAAAAAGCUACCCGAAUGCAUUGAGAAUAGCAGGGAACAGUCCAAGAAAGGAGCCACAUUUGCUCCAAAGAUCAAUAUUGCAAUGAGCUGGGUGAACUGGGAGGAACAGACAUCAGAGGAACUGGACAGACUGAACCGAGCAAUAAGUUGCAGAGUUCCCCUGCGGACUCUGUGGAUGGGAAACACAGUGAAGCUCUUGGAUUUUGUGGACUUGCGCGACCUUCCCCUUUUCCCAGCUGUGACACAGCAGUCAAUUCCUGGCACCAUCCAGUUCCAUAAAGAAUCGAACAUCCUGCUGGUACGCUGCAAGGAUGAUUGGGUGGGUUUCAGGCUGGUGGUUCUCAAGAAGAAGCUGUCUGCAGCUGACUUUUACAAUGGCUACCUCCAUCGGUACUUUCAGGAAAGGACAAAUGAUCACAACGUGUGGCGGUUUCAAACGCACAAACCAGAACAAAGUCUGGCAAAACGAGCCAAAAGGAACUGGGUCGCCACUCAUCGAUAACCGAAGGAAACGUAUAUUGCAACUGCUUUGAAGUGUUUCUCUAAGCGUAAUUAUUUUUAUAUAAAAAAAAUUGAUCCGAUCACUUUGUGAAUCUGAAGUACAGUCAGGACGGUGGGACUUAGACAGAAAACUUCAAAGCGACUGCAAGCUUGAAAUCAAUAUUGCACCUCAUUGGGCCUCAGGCUACUUGGAUUAAGCCUUCCUACAACCUGAGAUGGAGCCUCGCCCAGCACUUAAGCACCAAUGCAACAUGCACGCAACAUUCCUUUCAAAUGGAAGACUGUGUUGCUGUGUGAAACACGCUGAGACUGACCUGGUUUUCAAAUCCAGACCUAAAGGCUGGGGUGUCGAGGGAACACCUGCAAUGUCCCUGUGAGAGUGAAAACUGCUGGUGGUAAAGAGACAUAGGACUACAGCACAACAUUUAAUUUUACUUACAAGAUGGAAACGUUUUAAAAUGAACACAGGUCACAUUCAGUUAUUAUAUCUUUGGAGGGAGGGAAGGACUGUAAACGGGCAAAAAUGAAUGGUUAAUCCUCCAUUACAUGAUUGACAAGGUUGACAAACAA